AUGCCGCUUAAACAAAGCGUAUCAGCUCUUGCCAAGAGCACAAUAAAGAUUGCCUACGAUGAACUCGAUCGCACGAUUAAUCCGGAAGACAAGCAAACAUUUUCGAAUACGGCGUUGCAUGAUGUCCGCGAAGCCGCACUCAGGAUCGAGAACCAGCUCGCUGCGAGGCAGUCUCUCAGAAACAUGCGCCGCCUCAUGCCAUUGUUCCGAGGCCUCGAACACUAUUCCAAAGUGGUGGACGUUCUAUGUAACGGCACCCCAUACUUACCAUGGAUUUGGGCACCAAUCACGCUCAUUUUGCGAAUAUCAUCAGAGUAUGUCGAAGCCUUUGAACAAAUCAUCAAAGGAUAUGCUAGUAUUGCCGAAUCAUUAAAAAGGUUUGAGAUUCUCAGCAAUGCACUCAUCAAUGAACCGGGCUUCCAGCAGACAGUGGCAGUAUUCUAUGCAGAUAUUCUGAAAUUUCACAAAUACGCGUACAAAUUUGUUCGUCGAAGUGGUUGGAAACUGAUAUUUUCGGCCUCUUGGGGACGUUUCGAAAGGAAGUUCGGAAACAUUCUCGAGGAUCUAAAGCAACACGGUACCCUCAUUGAUCUUGAGGCCAACGCUCACAAUAUAUCACAAGCAAAGAAAAUGCGAGACGACAUCCGUAAAUGGAGAGAGGAGAGUGAAAAUAGACUUCGACAGGAGGAUAAUGAGCAAUGUGCAAGGCAGUACGGGUCCAUCGUGUCUUGGCUCACAGUUAACGAUGUCGAUCAGCUGGCUAUCGUUGAUUCAAUAACAUCGGAAGUUGAGAAGUACCAAGGAACAUGCGGGUGGUUACUCAAGAACAAAAGUAUCAGAUCCUGGGCUGAUGCGAAGCCAAACACACCAGCCCUGUGGCUGAAGGGAGCAGCCGGGACUGGAAAAAGCGUCAUGUGUACCCAGCUUAUCAACUUCUUGAAAGAGACUAGGUUUGUGAUCUGUCAUUUCUGCACAUACCUUUACGCAGCCUCGACAAUGUAUGAACAGAUACUGAAGUCGUUGCUGGUACAAAUCCUUCGGAGGGAUGCAGAUCUGGCAGCCCAUGUUUACAAGACAUGUGUCAUGGAAAGAAAGUCACCGACGACUCCAGUUCUUGAGAACAUGCUCCAAGAGCUUUUCGCAAGCAUGUCAAGUGAGCCCAGUAAGGCUGAGUAUGUGUGGGUCAUCAUCGAUGGACUGGACGAAUGCGAUUCCGAUAAACAGCAGCGUUUAGUGCGGCUGAUAAACAGGCUUACUUCUAAGCCUGUGGUGGCUGGAAGCACCGGCUGCAAGGUCUUGAUUUCCAGCCGUGCACCUUCGGCUCCGUUAGAGAGACUCAUGAGAAAGCAGGUUAUAUCAUUGAAUGAGGAAAAGUCUGUGCUAAAUGAGGCAGUUUGUCAAUAUGUUGGUCAGAGACUCACGCUCAUGGACACAAAGCUUCGCCAACUCAACGUACAACGUGCUGAGGUGGCAGAAAUCCAGGAUAUGAUCGUGACAAAGUCCGAUGGAAUGUUUCUUUACGCUCGACUUGUCAUGGAUUAUCUCUCAAGCAACCUCUUCUUUGGUCGCCAUGAGCUCAAGGAAUCGGUAAACCAGUUACCAAGGAAACUGAGUGAUUUCUACCAGAGAAUCUUGAGCCAAAUAUUGGCCCCGCUAGACCAUCGCUCGGAGGACCGAAUAAGAUGCGUACUCGGGUGGAUUGCAUUUGCCAAGAGACCUCUACGCAAAGCUGAACUGAUGUCUGCCAUCACUUUCAGUUCUGGUGAUCACGAGAUCUCCGAUUUGGUACCUGAGUACAUAAUAGAUAUAGUUGGUACACUUAUCGAAGAGAGGAGGGAUUCAACACUGUCUUUCAUUCAUAAUUCUGUGAAAGAGUCUCUGGAGACACUUGAAUCUAGAAUUUUGGCAGGCUACGACGAUGAUAAGGAACACGAUGAUUCGACGACUCGGCUUGUCUGUAAUAAGAUCGGGGCUUUAUUGGCGUCAUACCAAAACCUUGUCAAGUUCUUACUUGGACAAACCUAUUACCCCGACCUAUCUCCAGUCGAAUUGGAGUCAUUCAAAGCCAAUUUUGCUGCUGCUGCUUUCACUUGCCAAUUGAGAUCAUGCUCGUAUGCGACUAUUGGCUUCUAUAUAGAAGAGCGUCUCAAGGAGCAUGAACUUGAGCACACUCGAAGGUUCCAAUGCACGGUUCCUGGAUGCCAAUAUCCCCCAUGCUUGUCGAAGUCAGGUCUCGAAAGCCAUAUGAAGAGAAACCACAAUCCAGCUGUUUCUUCCAAACCGGCACUAAGGCACAUGCUUGCCUCGAAGCAGGGUCGUUUCAAUGGUCCCGAAACUCCACAUCGUGAGUCUUCUGUCAAUCGACAGCGAGUACAGGAGACUCGAUCUAGUGAAGAUAAAGACGUGGCCAUGGUAGAUUUGGAAGACGCGCCUCCAUCAAUUCUCAGAGAGUUCGGCCCUGCUCCUCCCUAUGUGAAGACAUGGGGGACGCUCAAGACGUGGCUUCGCCAACAUCCCCACCCACAGGUUCGCAAGGGGUUGGAACCGUUACAAGCCAUGCAGUAUCAAUUCAUAGCUGCGCGAAAACCCGGGUUUAUGUCACAAGAGCAGCUACAAAUAGACCAGAAAGAGCAGCAACAGUUGUCAACUCCACAGAAUCAACAACUUCCGCGAUUACAACAACAUGACCACGACGAUUCCAAACCCGAUAGGCAAGCGGCAUUGCGGCGACCAGUGUCCCCCACGACUGUGCCUGCCGUAGGAGAGGGUGGUGAUAUAGGCAAAUCACCUUACGUCGGAAUGCCUGAGGAUUUCAUGGCUUAUCUAUUCAAUGACCCAAAGUCCACGACUCCUGUUAUAAGUCCUAAUAAUAAUUUAUUGAAUGUAGAGGACAUUAUAAGUAUAAUCAGGUGA